AUGGCUGGACGCCUCAGUGUCUACAUGGCUGGACGCCUCAGUGUCUACAUGGCUGGACGCCUCAGUGAUGUACACGCCCGUGUCAAAGAGAUGAAUCCCAGGGCUUCCUUUGUCCCCUGCUCGGCUCAUUCUCUAAACCUGGUUGGUGCUUGUGCAGCUGAAUGUUGCCUAGACGCAGCAUCAUUUUUCGGAUUCGUCCAAGCAUUGUACAACUUCCUUUCAAGCUCCACACAUCGUUGGGGCUUGUUUGUAAAACGUAUCGGUGGCCCUACACCCAAAUCAUUGUCAGGAGCUAGAUGGUCUGCCCGACAUGAUGCAACAGUAGCAUUAAAAUCCAACUACAAAAAGAUUAUAUCAUUACUGCUUGACGUCUCUCGUGACCUGAAAGAAUCUCCCCGAACGCGUGAUGAGGAGUCAUCCUUGCACAACAAGAUGGAAAAGUUUGAAUUGUUGUGUGUGUUUGUGCUGUGUGUGUUUUGGGAACAAGUUCCGGCAUGCUUUUACACUGCCAACAAAACACUUCAGAAACCAUCACUCAGCCUGGGAGUCGUACACACGUUGUACGAUUCUCUAACUGCUUUCUUAACAGGACUUCGGGACGAUUUCGAGCGAAUCGAACAAUCAGCCUCACCUUUCGUCGAAGAGCCUUCCUACCAAUACAAACGCACUGCAAAACGCAAGCGCAAAGAUGUUGAAGCUGUUUUGUCGCACCGGGAGCAGCAUAGAAUAAACACCUUCCUUGUCAUCGUUGACUGCCUUUUGUCUGAACUUGAAAAGCGAGGAGACAUCUACAAGACUCUGGCUCAAGAUUUUGACAUUCUCUUUUAUCUUCACAAGAAGCCUGCCACAAGCAUUCGAGACACAGCAUCUCACAUUUAG